AUGAAUAAGAGUUCUGUAUUGGCAGCAGUGGCUGGAAUGUGUGGAUCAAUGGGCGCAGUUUCGGGGAAGCUAGCAUUCGACUCUGAAUUAGAGCAAUAUACGAGAGUUUCAUGUUUCGCUGUUUUCAUUGCAUCAAACGUAGUAAUGUGGGCUACGUAUACUCGAUCUCUCGCUCUAUCAGAUUGUUCGAGCACCCCAAUGAUCAUCAAUAUGGCUUGUAAUUUUGCCCUGACGGGUAUUCUCGGCAGCCUCAUCUUCUCCGAAUCACAUUCAUAUCUCUGGUGGUUCCUACUCGUCGUCCUCAUCACAGGACUCACUUUGAUGUUGUCCCCAGAAAAAGAAGAGAAUUUGAAACAAGACUAG